GUCUAAUGGAUUUAAACAGGCUAAUCAACGUGUUCGAGCAGCGUCCCGCUCUAUGGGAUGACAACCAUCCGGAGCACGCUAAGGGCGAGGAGACAAGGAGUCGGCGUGGCCGAGGCAAUGGAUGCCAAUGGUGAGUAAGCCCCAACAAAAUCAAAAUCAAUCAAAUCAACUGCCACAUGGUAGGGUAGCGGGCACAGUGAUUGCGGUGGCAGCGCCCAAAGCGAUUGCGGAGGCAGCGGGCACAGCGAAUGCGGAGGCAGCGGCAUGCAGUUGUCAGUGUGCCAAGAACGUGGAUGUGGGCGACGCUGACUACAAUUUUGUUGUUAGUUUAGUCCCCAUGAUGAAGCAGAUGACGGCACUUCAAAACGUCAGCAUUCGCGCCAAAGUGAGCGAAGUAUUGUUGCAAACGAUGCAACAGCCGCCAAUGCAACUGCAACAACAUCCACAAGCGGAACAGGAGCAGAUGGCCUUGGACAGGGCUGAACAAGGCGACUCCAGCUCUAGUUGUCACACAACAAACAGACAUGACAGAAUCCUUGUAUUGUAUAUAACAAUGCUGGUCUUAAGCAAAUUUUUGCUAACAGGGAAAUCUCAUUUGGAGGAAUUUCAGUAA